CUCGGGUACCAGACAGAGAAUAUAAAUGUUGCGGCUGUACACGGAGGUAAGGGUGCAUCGGCUGGAGGUAGUAACAUGUGGACUGUACCUACUCUCGUUACUGGGGACCACUAGGGGUCAGGAUGACCACCAUAUACUUCGACUACACAAUGACAUCAUCAAAAACAACAACCCGAAAGUCAGACCUGUCAAGAACAGCAGUGACACCAUCACAGUCUCAUUACAACUUCAUCUUCUCAGCAUGUCUGAUUUUGAUGAAGUGACUCAGACAGUGACAGCUAAUGGGUUUUUCUUAGUUAUCUGGAAAGAUGAGCUCCUAACGUGGAACGCCAGCGAGUAUGGAGGGGUCAGUGAAAUAAGUCCUGACUAUGGGAUGGUGUGGAGACCUUACAUCACUAUUAACAACGUCGUGGAUAGUGUUGAACCCCUGGGACUCGACUUCGGGAUCAUGAAAGUGACAGCCAAUGGAAUUGUGAAUUGGGCACCUGGUGAUACCUUCAAGACUUUCUGCCAAAUGGAUGUUACCAAUUUUCCUUUGGAUGAACAAGAAUGUACUUACAGUACGUUUGAUUGGGGAAAUACCUUAAAAGAAGUGGAUUUACAACCGAUCAAUAACUCUAUAGGAUUAGACCUGUUUAACGCUAACAGCCAAUGGGAUAUUAUUUACACAUCUGCGCAAAGAGUUGUCGUUGAAACCAGCGACAUGCCUCAUCCAUUUAUAAACUUCAAAAUGACACUGAAGAGAAAGUCCUCCCUAGUUAUACUGACAGUUCUCCUGCCUGUCCUGAUGCUGGCAUUAGUCAAUGUGAUGGUGUUCCUUAUCCCUGUGGAAUCUGGGGAGAAGCUGUCCUUCGCCAUCACAGUGCUGCUCUCUUUCAUGGUAUCCCUGGCCUUCAUCACUGGACUGCUGCCUCAGAACGGUGACACCUUACCUGUAUUUACUAUCUUCAUUGUUGGCCAAUUUGUAAUGAGCUCUAUCUACGUGUUUCUGACCAUCUGGAUCACGCAGGUGUUCUAUCGAGACGCUGUCAUCAGGCCUGUUCCUUCCUGGAUGGGUCGUAUAACAAGGUCCUGGGAGAGAUGCAUCUGUGGCACCCCUGCAGUCGGAAACCAGGAGACCCUGACACAGGAAAGGAUGUCAAAGGACGCAUGGAAUCCCCCAUCAGUGACCUGGAAGCGAGUUAGCAGAAUGAUGAACAAACUUUUCUUUUGUUUGUUUUUCAUGCUGUUCAUCAUAACAACUUUGAUUGGUUUCCUUAAGAUAGCAUAUUUUUGACAUGGCACAAACUACGGUCACGUUCAUCACAUGAGCUAUAUACGUAGAAACCAUGAACUCAUAGUAUAUAUCACUAGUUGUCUACAACGUAAUGGGAAUAGGUUGAUCACAUACGAGGAUGUUUAAAGUUGGCACAUGUCUGUUUACGUACAAGUUUACAAUAUUUUUGGAUAUUGCCGAAGACAUCAUUCACACACUAUUGUGACAGUUCUGUUUGGUGUCUAUUUACGUACUGGUGAGGUAUGUGAUAUUCGUAUUCCUUUUUUAUGGAUAUUUCUUUUUACAUGUCUAUCCACGUGUUCAUGUGUAAGUGGUAUUUCCAUUGUUUGUUGAUAUUUGUUUGUUAGUUUGUUGUUUACGCCGCACUCAGCAAUAUUCCAGCCAUAUGACGGUGGCCCGUAAAUAAUCAAGUCUGGACCAGACAAUCUAGUGGCUGAUGUCAAAAGAAUUGAUCUAUGCAAUUGGGAUACGUUGACUCUCAAUAAGCAAAUCAGCGAGCCUGGCCACAGGAUGAAGUUGGUAGCCUCUUGCGAUAAGCAUAGUCGACCUUUUCGACCAAUUCUAACCCGGAUCUUCACGGGUGUUUUGUUGAAGUAUUUGUGCCUUGUGUAUUACAGUUCUACUGAAGUAUCACGUUAGUAGUAUAGCAUUGGUUUUGUGCAACCCUAUGUCGGACGUCACUAUAUGUUGAUGGUCGCUUCAAUUCGGGUAGAAUAACAUUGUCAGUGGUGAAUCCACGUGUCAGCUGUCAGUAUAGAUGUCUCAAUUCGGAAGAAAAUUUUUGUAUUGACUUAUCCAGCGUCAGGACGUACACCAGUUUAAUGUA